AUGAGUCGUAUGUCUGCAAAAAACAAAGCUCUUUCUGCUAAAGCCAAAUCCUCUGCUUCCAAUAAUGAUUCAACUCAUGACACAAUCAAUGUGUCUAAAUCAUCCAACGCACCUGUUCUGCCGCUCAAAGAACCAAAAACUAAUACUAUAGAGCCUGUAAUUGCAACCGAUAAACCCAAAUCCAAGACACAAAAGAAACGCAAAAACGAUGCAACUGAGCCUGAAAAAUCUGACAAUGUAUUGGUUCAAGAUCAAACCGAUGCAAUCAAGCCACAGGUCGAUGCAACCAAUAAACCUAAAUCCAAGACACAAAAGAAACGCAAAAACGAUGCAACUGAGCCUGAAAAAUCUGACAAUGUAUUGGUUCAAGAUCAAACCGAUGUAGUCAAGCCACAGGUUGAUGCAACCAAUAAACCUAAAUCCAAGACACAAAAGAAACGCAAGAUUACUGACGCGAGUCCAGUUUCCGAUCAGCCUUGCAAAAAUCUGCUUGAAAACGCUCAUACAUCUGAAAGCCCCGUCGACACUGAUGCCAAGACUAAGGGAUCCACAAUAGCUACUUCAAACAAGGAAAAUUCUAAAAAGUCAUCUGUAUCAAAAAAAACCAAGGAAAGCAAGACCAGUUCUACUGGGGCUAGUAAACUCAGUAAAACAACUCUGGCUAAAAAUGAUACCACUUCAGCAAAAAAAAGUACAGCAUCAUUGCCAACAACUUGCUUAGCACCUAUUACUUCUACAAACAAGUGGGAAAAUGCUACUUUGUGUGGUGAUGCGGCUCGGAAAGAGAAAUUCAUGCGACUUCUUGGAGCCAAAAAGACUGGCGUUUCCACGACCAAUGUACCUACGAGUGAUUUAUCGCACGACACUGAAUCUACUCAAGAAAGUCUUCUUAAACAGUUUGAAAAAAGCAAAGAUAUUCAGCAAACUCGUAAACAAGGCAAACGCCUCGGACUUGGAUUUUGA